AUGCUGUCUGGGGGGGUGGCCGCCUGCGUGGCCGAGGUGCUGACUAUCCCCCUUGAUACGGCCAAGGUGCGGCUCCAGAUUCAGGGCGACGCUUCUGCGGCGGGACAGCCGGCCAAGUACCGUGGCAUGAUCGGGACGGUACUGACAGUCGCGAAGGAAGAGGGACCCGGGAUGCUGUUCAAGGGACUAACGGCUGGCCUGCAGCGGCAAAUGGUGUUCGCCUCGCUUCGGAUCGGUCUUUACGAGCCUGUCCGCAAUUUGUUCGUUAAAGAUCCAACCCAGCCAAUCUCUCUUGGCUACAAGAUAUUGGCGGGGCUAACGACCGGCGCCCUCGGGAUCAUGGUGGCAAACCCGACCGACAUCGUCAAGAUUCGAUUCCAGGCGGAAGGAAAGAAGCCGCCCGAGCAGCGACGCUACAAGAGCAUUACUCACGCCUACCAGCAGAUCUACCAGACAGAAGGCGGGCUCAAAGGAUUUUGGAUUGGCAUCACACCCAACAUUUUCAGGAACUCAAUCAUCAACGCCACUGAGCUGGCCACCUACGACCAGGCCAAGGAAACCCUUCUGCGCAGCAAAAUCAUGCAGGACAACAUCUUCUGCCAUUUCGCCAGUUCUGCCAUAGCGGGGAUCACCGCAGUCGUGGUGGACCCUGUCGAUGUGAUCAAGACGAGAGUCAUGAACCAGAAUGAAGGCCUGCUGACCUGCAUCAAGGGGCUGGCGAAGGAGGGUCCGGCGGCCUUCUACAAAGGUGUGGGGGCGAACGCAGGACGACUGAUUUCCUGGAACAUCAUGAUGUUCGUGACACUACAGCAGGUGCGGCUGCAGCUGUACAAGUCUUUCUACAAGGGUGGUGGCGAAUGA